GGUGGGGAGGAGGAGGCGUGGCCGGAGGGAGAGACUGAGGCCUGGCGCUUGUGAACCAGAGCUGUAGGCGAAGGGACGCUGUCUCUGUAGUAUUGGAGCAGUAAGGAUCGCGCAGCGGCGGGAAAAUACCUGGAAGUCCCUCCCUGCAACAGCUUCACCGGUGCGGCACGUUUUUUGGCCGGAAACCGAAAGAAGAAAUCGGAAGUGACGUCGCGGUCAAAACAAGCCGGGGCGUGGGGCCCUGCACUGAAUCUGGCCGCAGAUGGAAAGGCCCGACUCGCUGUGGGCUGUCGAAGGCGGUCGCCAGGCCUUGCGCUCCCACACGGUCGGCCUCCGGCCCUUAUCCCCGGGACCAGCCCGCCGCUGUUGAGCCAGAGUUUCCGCCCUCCCUACCGGAGCCGCGCUGGGAUUUUUCGGGCAGAGUUGGCGGGAGGCGACAGAGCGGACUUCCCUCCCUGCAACAGUCUCCCCCUCCAGCGGGUUCCUGUCCUGGGACGCCGGGACACCUGUGGCCUAUGUUUUAAUACCCAAAUUUGAAGAAUACACUGUAUGCCAUUCUUACAAAACCAAGGGGAAAUCAUGAAGAAAUGUUUUAAUUAUUGAAACUACAGUUGAAAUCAUGGCUACAUCAGCAAAUCUGGAUAUUGGAGCCCAGCUGAUAGUAGAAGAGUGCCCCAGCAGUUACAGUCUAACUGGCAUGCCAGACAUUAAAAUAGAACAUCAGCUGGACUCAAAUGCAGAAGAAGGAUCAGCUCAGGGUGUUGCCAUGGGGAUGAAAUUCAUACUGCCUAACAGAUUUGAUAUGAAUGUCUGUUCUCGGUUUGUGAAGUCCUUAAAUGAAGAAGAUAGUAAAAAUAUUCAAGAUCAAGUUAACUCUGACCUGGAGGUGGCAUCUGUCCUAUUUAAAGCUGAAUGCAGUAUCCAUACAUCUCCUUCUCCGGGAAUUCAAGUAAGGCAUGUCUACACUCCCUCUACAACAAAGCACUUCUCACCCAUAAAACAGUCAACUACUUUAACCAACAAACACAGAGGAAAUGAGGUCUCAACCACACCUCUGUUAGCAAAUUCUUUGUCUGUUCACCAGUUGGCUGCUCAGGGAGAGAUGCUCUACCUGGCUACUCGUAUUGAACAAGAAAAUGUUAUCAAUCACACGGACGAAGAAGGAUUUACUCCUCUGAUGUGGGCUGCAGCACACGGGCAAAUAGCUGUGGUAGAGUUUCUACUUCAGAAUGGUGCUGAUCCGCAGCUUUUAGGAAAAGGUCGAGAAAGUGCACUGUCAUUAGCCUGUAGUAAGGGCUACACGGAUAUUGUCAAAAUGCUGCUGGAUUGUGGAGUUGAUGUAAAUGAAUAUGACUGGAAUGGAGGGACGCCUUUGCUUUACGCUGUACAUGGAAAUCAUGUGAAAUGUGUAAAAAUGCUCUUAGAAAAUGGAGCUGACCCAACAAUUGAAACCGACUCUGGAUACAAUUCUAUGGAUCUAGCUGUAGCCUUGGGCUAUAGAAGUGUUCAACAGGUUAUUGAGUCACAUUUACUGAAACUGCUUCAGAACAUCAAGGAGUAGACAUAGUCAUCAGAAAGUGUUGUCUGCCCUUCCGUUUACUUUUGGCCCUUAUAAAUGAUAGUUUUGUUUACUUAUAAAUUUUUACCUCAGUUGCAAUAUUUACUGAUUUUUAGUAAGUUUUAAUAAAUAUUCCUCUGAGUAAUUCACUGGUUUAUAAUAAAAUUAAUGUUGAUGCUUUUUUAUAAAUGUGUUUUACUGCAUAUUUAAAAUUAUAAAUGAGUGU